AUGCCGGCAAACGAGAUUCCCAGGAAGAUUCAGCUCGUGCGUAUUGCGCACGUCUACUACCAGUACUCGGACCUAGAGAAAGCGGUUGCCUUUUUGAACGACUUUGGUUUCACCGAGGAGAAGAGGGUCUCGGCCGACAAGGUCUACUUCCGGGGCUACGGCACGGAGCCGUGGGUGCUCUGCGCCACCAGGGGGGAUAAGGCCGAGUUUAAGGGUGCCAGCUUCGUCGUCGAAUCGGAGGAGGACCUGCAACUCGCAGCUCAGAUACUCCCGAAGGCGACAAAGAUCUGGGAGCUGGAGGACGCUCCUGGAGGAGGCAAGUGCGUGACCUUCCACGACCCGGUCGACGGAUAUCCGAUGCACCUCGUGCAUGGGCAGGCGCCCGUUCAGAUGCUAGACAUUCCCCUGCCGCACGAACCGGUCAACUAUCCCACCGAGAAGAACCGACCCGUCAACAAAUUCCAGCGAUUCGAGAAGCGGCCAGCCCCAGUGCACAAGCUGGGCCACUUCGGCGUGAGGACGACCAACUUUGCGAAGGCCCACGAGUUUUACACGGCGCACUUUAACUUCCUAGCAAGUGAUCUCAUCCACGACGCGGAGAAGAUCGACCGCACGGUGUUCUACCGGCUGAACCGGGGCGACGAGGUGGUCGACCACCACGUGUUCUUCUUCGCCGAGGGCGCGACGUACAGAGUGCACCACUCGUCGUUCGAGACGCACGACUUCGACACGCAGGUGCUCGGCCACGACUGGCUCCGCGAGAAGGGCUACAAGAACUGCUGGGGCGUCGGCCGACACGUCCUCGGCAGCCAGAUCUUCGACUACUGGUACGAUCCGUUCGGCUUUAUCAUGGAGCACUACGUCGACGGUGACCUGGUCAAUGCCUCGGAACCGACGCACCGAUCCCAGGCCAAUCCCGGCAGCCUGCACGUCUGGGGCCCUGCCGUCCCCGGAGAGUUCCUGCCCAAGGAUUAAACCAUCGUGAUUUGCUACGUGACGUCGUCUCUAAUCGGAGCAAGUUGCUUGCCGUCUCACACAGGCCACGCGCCUCUCCAGUCUUAUGUAUUUAUAGCUUUGAAUGAAUGGGUAGUGAGUUGUUGGAUGGCUAGGUAGUUCGAAUGCUACCCUUACUUGAAUGUACUCGCCAGUCGUAUGUUUCGUGCGCACCGUGGACAAUCUUGAGCGAGCCGUUACGUUACCGUUAGAUGUGCUACGGGUAUAUACGAGCGUCCACCUCCCCUAUCCCGGCAUUGCCACCUGGGGUAAUGUGCCGUGUCCGUCCAAGGAAGAACUCGCAGUUCUCUCAGCUCUCCGCUGCAAGAGACAAUUACCCGAGUAACCAAGUGCCUAGGGUAGGUAUUUGGAACACGACACCCUACGACCUCCCCGAACGUGCCGCGAGGCCACCGAAUUCCACCUAGUUUGUCUCGACGGCUAUCCAAGAAGAGGAAUUCGGCACAUCCCACUAUUUUUCGUUUUCGCCCACUAUUGCCGUCGCAUGAUGGCCGCACGCGGGCCGCUAUUACCUAGUUAAAGCGUGUUUCGCUACUUCUCAGCUCACCCCCGCCCGAGCCACCGUGU